AAAGUGUUACCCGGGCCUCACCAAAGCCUCUCCUGCGGAAGAGAUAUAGAGACGGUGGGUGGAGAAAGAUCUGUAAAAAGCUGCAGGCAUCUAAACGACCUCUUACGCCGCCGGGUAAGAAAUCCUCGAUCGGGUGAAAUGGUGCAGCAGCAAGCACUGCUUCUACCGUGCAGCAGCUGCUGCUGCAGGGCUUGGACUGACCUCCGCAGGGGAAGUCGAAUUGGUUAUUCUUGGAGCGGAGGUGGGAAAGGGAUUAGACUGAGGGCAAGGGUACAUCCGGAAGAAGAAGAGAUUCUCCCAAAUGCCCUACGUCGGAAGAAGGACCCUCUAUGGAGAGGCGGUUUCAGCUUAGGGGUAGAUUUGGGAAUGUCCAGGACUGGCCUUGCUCUCAGCAAGGGCUUCUCCCCUCGCCCUCUCACUGUGUUGGAACUGCGAGGGCGGAAGCUCGAGGUUCGCCUUCUCGAUAUUGCUGAAGAAGAGGAGGCUGAUGAAUUUAUAAUUGGACUCCCUAUAUCUCGAGGCGGUAAGGAGAAUCCUCAGUCGAACAAAGUUCGGAGCAUUGUGGGCAGGUUUGCAGUUCUAGCUGCGGAGAGGGGUUGGAGAGUAUACUUGCAGGAUGAAUAUGGGACAUCAAACGAAGCCCUUGAUUUCAUGAUUGAUGGAUGGUCCUGGAGAGAUAUUUUGAAAUGUCAGGUCAGGGGGCUGAACUCGUCCUUCCCAAACAGCCAGAGCUACAAGAAAAACUUCGAAGAGUUCCUGCCUGGAGGAAUCACCACAAUACUUGAGCUGGCUGGACUGGAGAGGGAGCCCCAAAUACUUGACCGAACCUCCAGGCAUGCCAGGGACAUGCAGCAGAACCUGUUUUGGCAUCCUUCAUGUAGCAGAGAAAGAUACAGUGCAUUUGCUGGGAUUAAAACCAAGGUUAAAUAGGCAUGAACUCCUCUAAAAUGUCAGUUCAACAUUGUAUUGAGUUAGGAUCAGGGGCUGGGAAAAAAUCAGCACACCAUUGGCAAACAACAGAUGGGCACAAUGGUAUUCCGUUUAGAAAAUGGUUAGUGGAUUAGCCCAAAAUUAUUGCGAGUCUCGGCAUGUAUGACAGGCUUUCCAUGACAAUUAUGAGCAGAGCCAGUAGGGAGAGAUUGGAUCCCCACAUCUUAGCCCACAUUUGUUAAUGA